CCGCGGGCCCGGCCUGCACCGCGGCCCCUCUGGGCCCACCGCCUCCCGCGGGACCGCUCUGCGCGUGUGCCUCCUGAUUGUUGUGUGAGUUUUCUCUGAAGCCGCCAACAUGGUGUUAGCAGACCUUGGAAGAAAAAUUACCUCAGCAUUGCGCUCGCUGAGCAAUGCUACAAUUAUCAAUGAAGAGGUUUUAAAUGCUAUGUUAAAAGAAGUAUGUACAGCACUACUGGAAGCUGAUGUUAACAUUAAAUUAGUGAAGCAGCUGAGAGAAAAUGUCAAGUCUGCUAUUGAUCUUGAAGAGAUGGCAUCUGGUCUUAACAAAAGGAAAAUGAUUCAGCAUGCUGUCUUUAAAGAACUUGUCAAGCUUGUAGAUCCAGGAGUCAAAGCCUGGACACCAACUAAAGGAAAACAGAACAUUAUAAUGUUUGUUGGGCUGCAGGGAAGUGGUAAAACCACAACAUGUUCAAAGUUAGCCUACUAUUACCAGAGGAAAGGUUGGAAGACAUGUUUGAUAUGUGCAGACACAUACAGAGCAGGUGCUUUUGACCAGCUAAAACAGAAUGCAACAAAAGCAAGAAUUCCAUUUUAUGGGAGUUACACAGAAAUGGAUCCUGUGAUUAUUGCCUCAGAAGGUGUUGAGAAAUUUAAGAAUGAAAACUUUGAGAUAAUCAUUGUUGAUACAAGUGGGCGUCACAAACAGGAAGAUUCUUUGUUUGAAGAAAUGUUACAAGUUGCCAAUGCUAUACAACCAGAUAACAUUGUUUACGUUAUGGAUGCCUCCAUUGGUCAAGCUUGUGAAGCUCAAGCAAAGGCUUUCAAAGAUAAAGUAGAUGUAGCCUCUGUUAUUGUGACAAAACUUGAUGGCCAUGCAAAAGGAGGUGGCGCUCUCAGUGCAGUUGCUGCCACAAAAAGUCCUAUUAUUUUUAUUGGUACUGGAGAGCACAUAGAUGACUUUGAACCAUUCAAAACACAGCCUUUCAUCAGCAAACUCCUUGGCAUGGGUGAUAUUGAAGGAUUGAUAGAUAAAGUAAACGAAUUAAAGUUGGAUGAUAACGAGGCACUCAUAGAGAAGCUGAAACAUGGUCAGUUUACAUUGAGAGAUAUGUAUGAACAAUUCCAAAACAUCAUGAAAAUGGGACCCUUCAGUCAGAUCUUGGGUAUGAUCCCUGGUUUUGGAACAGAUUUUAUGAGUAAAGGCAACGAACAGGAAUCAAUGGCAAGGCUAAAGAAAUUGAUGACUAUAAUGGACAGUAUGAAUGAUCAAGAACUAGAUAGUACGGAUGGUGCGAAGGUUUUCAGUAAACAACCAGGAAGAAUCCAAAGAGUAGCAAGAGGUUCGGGUGUUUCUACCAGAGAUGUUCAGGAGCUUUUGACACAGUACACAAAGUUUGCACAGAUGGUGAAAAAGAUGGGAGGCAUCAAGGGACUUUUCAAAGGAGGUGACAUGUCAAAGAAUGUAAAUCCAUCUCAAAUGGCAAAACUGAACCAACAGAUGGCAAAGAUGAUGGAUCCGAGAGUUCUUCAUCACAUGGUGUGUGACUUCCUUGGGGAAAAGAUUGCAUCCGUUUUGGGCAUAAGUACACCAAAAUACCAGUAUGCCAUUGAUGAGUACUACAGGAUGAAGAAGGAGGAGGAAGAGGAGGAGGAAGAAAACAAAAUGUCAGAAGAGGCAGAGAGACGAUAUCAAGAGCAGCAGAGCAAGCCACAAGAUGAGACUACUGUCCAGACAGACCAACCUGAGGCAACAGCAUGUAAUGCAUUUGUGAAUCUCAAUUUUGAAACUGAGGGAGAAGGCCAAUCUGUUGCAGAAAGUAAACAAGACUUAACUACUGUCCCUACUUAAAAUAUAAGGUUCUGCAUAACGCCAGUUUUUUAAAAUUGGCAGCAAAAGUGUGGGAAAAAUCUUGUACUUUUUCAGUGGAAUGUAACUCAUUUAAAACUCUGGCCAGGAGAGAGCUAAAUAACGUCUGUUCAGUCCACAACUAUUGAAUAAAGUCUAAGACACUGCCAAGCUGACAUUUCUGUUAAAAUAAAAAUU